AAUUUAUGACUUCAUUUUCUCUCACUUAUUUCAUUCUUCAGCUGUAUAGAACACAUACAUACAACAAUUGCAUCUCAUUUGGAGGCGUAUGUAUAAAAAGGCAAAAUUAGAAAGUGUUUCGAUAUUAAACGGUUCAAAUAUUUUUGAAGCCAGCUGUUUGCAAACAAAAGCCACAUUCACUAUUUGUACCAGCAUAUGGUUUUCAAGCAUUCAGUCUGGUUUUGCUCUUCAACGUGUUCGGUUACCGAAAUAUAAAGACUUUCUCGAAAACCAGUUUUGUUUUAUUCAACCUCUUUGUUGCUCGCACCACCACAUUCUGUUCAGUUUCAUCGAUUUGUUUUGAACAUUUUUAUCUUGAUUGUUUUUACUUUCACUGCGAUUCUUUUCCGAAAUGUCGUCAGAUAAAGUUGAAAUCGUUUUGGGAGCCGAAUCAAAAUGGAUGGAUAAUAAAUUUUUUGAAGAACAAUUACAAAUCUACUACAAAAACAACAAAGUUCAUGUGAUAAAUUUUAGUAAAGAAUCGGCCACGGGAAAGUGUGAAAAUUUCUCAAGUGAUAUCUAUCGGGUCAAUGUGUCAUUUAGUGGUUCAUCUGAAAAGAGGUCAUCAUCGGGAAGUGAAGACAGAGAUAUAUCACACAUCAGUUUAAUUGUAAAACAAGCGGCUUCCGAUGAAUGGUCGUUGAGUGCUUAUGAAAAAUUUGAUUUUUUCAACAAAGAAGUUGAAUUUUAUACUGAUGUUGCGCCGAAAAUCAAUCAAAAAUUGAGUGAUCUUGGUGAAUCUGAACUCUUUGCUGAGCUCAUUGGUGUGUGUAAAUCAAAAAGUAUUAUGAUUCUCGAAGAUUUAGCUGCUAAGGGAUAUCGAGUUUUGCCCGCAAAAGAAGGAUUCAACUUCGAAGAGACGAAAGCCAUUCUAAAGAGAAUUGCCAUCUUCCACGCAGCUUGCGCUGUUUUACAAGAGGAAAAUCCAGAUAUUUUCGCUAAUUUUAAAUACGGUCACUUGAGCCGUGAGAUUGAUACAUUUAAAGAUUACUAUGCUUUAACUUUAGACGUGGUGAUAGAGACAAUUUCUGGAUUUGGGCCUGAUUUUGCUGUGUAUGUCGAGAAAUUGCGUCGGCUUCGUGGCGAAAUACUUGAGCGUGCACGAAAAACAUACGAUUUCAAUCCAGACCAUUUCAACACAUUAAACCAUGAUGAUGUUUGGAGCACAAAUUUUAUGAUUAAAACCAGCGAUGGAUCGCCAGAGAAACCGUUUGAGAAUAUUAAAUUGAUUGACUUUCAAUUCGCUUUCUGUGCAUCACCAACGAUUGACUUGUAUUACUUUCUCAAUUCUUCGGUGAGCCAUACUUGCCGUCCAGAUCGAUUUGAUGAACUUGUCAAGUUUUACUACGCUCAAUUGAUUUACUUUCUGAAGAAAAUGAAUUACAAAAAGCAGAUUCCGACUUGGCCACAGUUUCAAGCACAAUAUCAUGAAAGACGAAUAUUUGGUUUCACAAUGGGAUGCCUCAUUCAGCCAUUUAUGACCAACAGCAAAGUGGAAAUGAGCGUAGAAGACUCCGUAAAAGAUAAUGCAAAUAGUUUAAAAGGCAGACGUGCCAUAUUCAAAAGCGAUAACGCCUGUAAAACUCUACGGAAACUCAUUCCAUAUUACGAUCAGCUCGGCACUUUUGAUUGAAUUUUAUUUUUGCAUCUCAGGUGAACAUAAAAAUAUUGUAGGAAAUUUAAAAACACCGUAAAUGAAGCUAUUUUUUGUAUUUCAAUUUUAUAAAUUUUGUUUCGAUAUCUUUUGCGGCAAUCUUCCUAUAAUACAUAUAAGCAUGAGCAUGUUGCAUUUGUGAGGUCAUAAUAGUUUUAUUCAUCUUGUUGUCUUUCUCAUUUGUUGACGUCGUCGUCUUCAUUUCACUGCAUUUUACAUGCCCACUUUUUUGUAUACGGCUUACGUUUCCUCUCAUACGGCGAGCGCAUUUUGUGGGUAAGAAAUUAAAUGUGAUGAAUGAUAGCAAACAAAUAUUCCAACUUUUCUAGAUUGGAUUAAAUUGAAGGUUAGCUUUUUUAAAUACGAAUAUCAAAUUAAUUGAAUGUUACACUUACUACAUACCGAUGUUACACUUUAAAAAAAUCUUUUUUGUUGUUACACUUAGAAAAAAUUCGAUUGUGUUGUUUCAUUUCAAUAAAUUUUUUAUUUUUGUUUCACUUAUAUGUGUUGUGAAUAGAAGUUGCGUUUUCAUUCUCGGACAUUCAAUUUGAUCAUAUUGAGUCGAUCAGAAUAGGUUUAAAAUUAUUCUUAUGAACAAUGACAUGAAAAAAUGUGUUUCAAUACUCAAUAGUCAUUCAUAAUCACGAAUGUUCACUCGGUUUUGUUCAAACGAUCUUUUUAUCAAAGAGUUAUAGAGUUCAUCGCGAUAAAGCUGGUUUUUGUUGUUAUCUUGAUAACAGUUUUUUUUUAACUGAAGCAUAUUUUUGUUGACUGCACAGUAAACAUGAUUGUUCUAACUUUUAGAACCGCAAUAUGAAAUUUGCCACUAAAAUCCAUUUAAGUACCAUUUGUACUAGAAAAAGUUCAAAAUGUACUAAAUCACAAAUCAAAGCUUCAUGUAUUUAUUAUAGAACUUUUGAACUUUUUCUAGAGCAAAUGGUACUAAAACCAAAUUAAGUGUCAAAUCUCAACAUUGCUAGAAUCAUUGUGUUUACUGUGUGUUGUUCAUUGCGUCACAAACGAGAAAUUAUAUAUGAAGAUAUUCAUAAACUAGGCUAAAAAAUAUAUGAUGGAUGUUCUAUGAGAGACAGAAAAGAAUAAAUGCCAUGUUUUAAAUUGCGACAAAA